AUGGUCAGCCGUGCGCUAACGCCCCGCAGUUGCUCCACCGGGAGCAUUGGCGAUGCCCUUGCUCGCGAGUUCCAUGCUAGAGGCUUCCGCGUCUUCGCCGCUUCUCGCAAGCUCGAGACGAUGGAGGGGCUCGCCAAGCAGGGCAUCGAGACGGUGUUGCUCGAUAUCACGAGCGACGAAAGCAUAGCUAGCGCCAAGGACGAGAUUGCUAAGCGCACGGGCGGUAGCCUGGAUAUACUCGUCAACAAUGCCGGCGUCGCUUACUCCUCGUCGGUAGCCGACAGCGACAUGGCCAAGGUCCGCUGGCUGUUCGACGUCAAUGUCCUCGGCCACUAUUCGACGACGAAGGCUUUCAUCCCGCUCCUGAUCAAGUCGAAGCGUGGAUUGGUUAUGUUCAACUCCUCCAUCGCCAGCAUGGUCCCGCUUCCCUACAACGCCCCGUACAACGCGUCGAAGGCGGCUCUGAAUGCGAUUGGUGACACACUCCGCGUGGAGCUGGCGCCUUUUGGCGUCAGGGUGGUCAAUCUCCUUACCGGGAACGUCGAGUCCAACCUUGCUGCGACGCACCAUCCGAAGGACUAUCUUCCCAAGGAUUCCAUCUACAAGCCAGUCGAGGACAUUUAUAAGAAGAACAUCGACCAUUUCCAGGAUGGUGCCAUUCCGACCGCGGUGUACGCCAAGAGGGUCGUCGACGAGGCCACAAAGAAGUCGCCGACAGUUUGGCUAUGGGCGGGCAAUAUGGCCACCAUGGUCUGGUUCCUCUCGACCUUUGGAAAGAGGACCGCCUUCGUACGUCUCCGACCCUUUUGA